AUGUCUUUUGUUCCUAUUGUCUUGCCUCGCUUCUCCGGAUCGACACUCGAACCGACCGUGGAGCCACUCGUCAUUUAUCCUCAACAACAUGAACACAAGCCUUUGCCCUCCAAUGAUCCGCUACAGCCUACCCGACGAACUCAAUCAUUAAAACGCAAAAACAAGCCUACCCUGAUCACCAUUCCUACCGUUUGCAAAGAAUUUGUUCCUCAAGAACCAGACAACGAAGAUUAUUCUCCAUGGUCCUAUGAAGAAGAC